AUGGGUCUCGGUGGUCACCUUCUAAAUCCCUCGACUGUAAUCUCACCAGAAUGGAGUCGAGCAAUUCGAAUCGUUGCCACAAUCUCAUCGAGUUCCAGUGUGAUUGGCACAUUGAUCACAAUUUACUGGUUCUUUAUGAUGAGAAGAAACUUUAGGAGAAAUUUGGUUCUAUAUCUUGUCUUGGCCGACUUCUUCAAAUCACUAUGGUAUAUAAGCUUCUCUGGUGUUUCCCUGCGUCGAGGCUCAAUCGACACACAUUCGUCAUUCUGCCAAGGGUUCGGAUUUCUAUUACAGGCAUCAACCAUAGCUUGUGACUACGCGAUCUUGAUCAUGUCGUUGCAUAUGUAUCUGCAGAUAUUCAACACUGGUAGUAAAGUGUUUGGCCACGAUGGCCUCUACCGUUUCCGACAUACUGUGAUGGCAGGAUGGUUCGUGUUCCCGUUCCUAUGUGCCGUCCUUGCUUUCGUCAGAGGGCGUGAAGGAUACAUUGCACAAGGUCCGUUCUGCACCUUACCGAUCCGUCCCUACUGGUAUCGACUUGCGUUGCAAUGGAUCCCUCGGUACCUCAUUUGGCUUUACAUCAUGUUUGUGGCCUUUCGAAUCUACCUUCAUGUUGGCCAAGGCUUCAAGAUCUUUGCUCGGGAGGACGACAAAGAUUCGAGUACUGGUACUAACGGCUACGGAGCGGCAAGUCUCGGGACCAUGCCUGGAGAGGGGACUCAAGAGCUGAGAAUAUCGAAGAAGAGAGGUCCCGGUGCUGGUGAAUUGCAAGAUCUGUCUGGUCUCACGUAUAGCAACACCUCGAUCAGUCAAGCUCCAACAUGUAGCUCCAGUCAAGGUAGUCAAUCCACAUGGCCGACUUCCUUGAACGAUUCAGCCGAAGGAUUCAAACUGCCAUCAGCAAACCACUCGAGACGUAGUAGUCACGUUAUCAUCCUUGCCGAUGGAACCGUCCAGCACGAUUUGUUGCAAGUGCCUCAAGAAGCGAAACUGCAAAGACCAUCCGUAUCAACCAUUGCAUCCUGGAGAAGCUCCGCAGAUAUGACCACUGCUGUUGCAACCUCUCCAGUCAACCUUGCACCAAUUGAAGAGGGGCAUCAGAUGACGAGUGGAGACAAGACGGAUUUUAUCUCAGCAGACACACCGCUUAAGAAGAGAAGACGAGCUAUCCAACGACAACUGCGCCUACUAUUCAUCUAUCCCAUCACCUACCUCAUGGUCUGGACCAUUCCAUUCGUCUACCAUUCAUUCAACUACAGCGACAAAUACGCCGCACACCCCAUCCCCAUUCUAGGACUUCUAUCGACAUUCUGCGUGACAAUCGCCGGCACCGUCGAUUGCAUCGUCUUUGGAUGGAGAGAAAAGCCAUGGCAACACGUACCAGGCGCCGACGGCACAUUUCUCGGCAGUUUCAAAUUCUGGACUUUCACAAGCAAGAAGAGAAGAAGCUGGGCAACACCAGCACCAAAAAGAUUACCAUCUUUGGAGAGAGAUGAAGAGGAAGCCUCUGGAUCAGCACACAGCCCGGCAAAAGCAAACCGUCUCAGCGCGAGACACUCGGUCAAUGGCAGUAAGCCGAUGAUCCCCAUGCACAAAAAGACAUUUUCUGGCACCUCGGAUCGAGCAACGAGGGCGGCGGAUCAAGCAGCGGAGAGAUUGGCUCUGGAAAGAGCAGACCGACAGAGUCGACUGUCGACACGCAAUUCAUCUCUGAAUCCUGCCAAUGAGUGGUUUGAGAGAAGGUUGAGCGAGUGUGUGAGUCCUACACGCGAGAACUCUGCAUUCGAGUUACAUCCAAGUCCAACAAAGGAGACAAGGGACGCACAACAAGAAUAA